GCGGUAUUUUGAUCGGUUUGUCUAUAUCGCUGUUUGCACUAAGAGGCCGUGCUCCGUGGCUCUGAAGCUCUUGAACGAGAGCUCCUCACCGAACGUACUUCUUUCGGACUCUCCAAGACUUGUAUACACUGGAUGGACUUGGACUGGCGAGUUUUCAUUUUUCAGACUGCGAAAUUUGGAAAUAUAAAUUCGAUCAGUCAUCAUCUGCAAUCAUCUGCCGUUGUUAUCAGCUUACUGUUCACUAAAAGCUAUGAAGCCCAGUUAUACGGAUGGGGGUUUCCCCCCACCACAGCCACAGCCUUUUCCAUAUGCCCCACCUGGUAACACACCGACGCUAGAAUCUGUGCCUCAAGCCUAUCAGUCCUCAUCGGUUUAUCCACCUCCUGACGGCUCCCAAUUUCCUACGGGGCCCUAUCCUGCUGCGCCCAUUUCCGAAGGUCUACACGGCUUUGGUCCUACUUAUAAUUCGUACGGCCCAGGUCCUGCUGCACAAGGCCACUAUGGUCCUGGCCCAAUUCCCCAGGCCCAAUACGGUCCUGGCCCCGUUCCCCAAGCCCAUUACGGGCCUGUCCCCUUUGCUCAAGGUGCAUACGGUCCUGGCCCGGGUCAUCGAGGACCACCAGCUGGUGAGAUAGGUUAAUAAACUGGAUGCCUCGACCGGUGGUGUUAGAUUGUCCUCCUGGUUUGGAGUAUCUCACGCAAAUCAACCAGUUACUAGUGAAGCAAAAAAAGGAACUGUUCGAAAUAAUGACAGAUAUAGAAACAGCAAAUCGCUACGUGAUAGUGAAUACCAUGGGACAGACAGUGUACAAUUGCAGUGAAGAAUCAAAUUUCUGCGCCCGACAGUGCUGCAGAUCUCAGCGUCCUUAUACUAUGCAUGUGCAAGACAACUCGGGCAUGGAAGUGAUACGUGUCAAGCGGCCAUAUAAAUGUUACUGCUGCUGGGAGUGUCUGAGCUGCUCUGAAUGUUGCCAAGACGAGUUGCAGGUCGAGGCCCCAAUUGGGCAGCUUGUGGGCUAUGUGAAGCAAAUACAAGAUGGGUGCAACAUUCGAUACGCAAUCAAGGAUUCCACUGGCAAACAGGUAUUGCGCAUUCAUGGCCCCUCCUACUGUCACUGUGCCUGUUUUGGAGAAGAUAUCAACUUCAAGGUUAUGUCUGCUGACGGAAACACUGAGGUCGGUCGGAUUACAAAACAAUGGUCUAACAUUGUUCAAGAAAUGUUCACGGAUGCGGACAAUUUUGGCAUUGCUUUUCCAAUGGAUUUGGAUGUCCGGAUCAAAGCAACGCUUAUUGGAGCUGUAUUUCUAAUUGACUUUAUGUUUUUCGAAGAUAAUCAACCUCAUCGAUCAGAUGACUAGGAGAUGAUUUUGGUUUGAUUAUUUGUUGGCAAAUUUGCAUUAAUCACUGUUUUACCCGAUCUCUGCUUUACCGUUCUUUCAUCGAACAGUUUGUGAUAUUCAGGUUAGCUUCUUUGUGCCUCAGCAGUCAAAUUUGCAGAAAACCAACCUUAAACGACUUUCUUUUUCGUGUCUGUGAUAUUAUACAUCUGUUUUGUACCAAGCGGCUUUUAUACAUUUGUUUAUCACCACUCGUUGCAAGGGACUUGUUGUAGCGUCUACUGCUAAUUAGACUAUCUGAAAUGCCUCAACAUGAUCCAUAAAGGUUAAUCGGCG